AUGGCGACAAUAUCGCAAUUGAGGCACAUACUGAUGAAGAUCCUGCCGGCGCCCGAGAUGGUGGCACAAGGGAAAGCAUUCCGCAUCUCGAAUCACUUGGAGAUGAUUCAGGACUGCCUUUGGGCCAUCAAUUCCUUCCUCAUGGACGCUGCUCUUCGCGUGCUCACGGAGCACAAUGUGGAAGAGUGGAUGGAGGAUGUGGGUGUGGUAGAUUGGAUGAAGGAUGUGGGUGUGGCUGUUGAGGAUGUGGACAGCCUGCUGAAGAGGAUCUUAGAUUAUUGGGAACCGAAUGAACAAGAUGAAGCAAAAAAGAAGAAGAAGAUGAGCAACUUCUUUCAUCCCUUGGUCAACAUCAACAACAACAUCCAAUCAACGAGCAGCCGCCAGGCCAUCCUAGUAGAGCUCAAAGAGACGGCUUGUUUGUUGAACUACCUAGUCAAGAGGGGGACUGCUUUGGGCCUUUGGGCGGAGAUGAUGGAUUCCAUGGAUCCAUGCCAUGAUGACUAUGCUGCUAUUCUUAGUAAGGAAACGAUGGGAAGACAGGAAGACGAGGACCAAAUCAUAGAGCUCCUCCGACAACAACAUUGUGACGAAGAUGGAAAUGUACCCUUCAUCAUUGACAUAAGAGGUGAGGAAUUCUCUGGGAGGACAACCCUAGCUCGCAAAAUCUACCAUCACCCUUGGGUGCGCCAACAUUUCCAACAUCGAAUAUGGUUGGAUGCUUCAUCUUUCAGAGAGUUCAACAGCAAGAUGAUCGCCAAAGAAAUUGCAAGAUUAUUGACCGGAAAGGCAUGUGCCAACAUCAAUUGUUGGCCACUUAUCAUUGAACAUCUUCGUGGAGAUAGAUACUUGCUCAUCUUGGAUGACGCUGAUGUACCCAAUGUUUUCAGAUACAAGUGGGAGGAAUUUAAGUUGAAUCUCCUUCAUUGUGGUGCACCGGGGAGCAGAGUCAUCCUCGCUAGGCAUACUUUUGCUGGGAAUCCUUAUGGCGGAUAUGGAAUUGAAUUCAAUGUCAAGAAAUACAAAUUAAAAGAGCUGCCUGAGGAUGCAUGGGUAAGAAUAUUAUUAAGGUAUGCAACAUUUGCCCAUUCAACCGAAGGUAAUAACAAUAUUCACAAAGAGAAGGCUUCUCCAAGUGCUACCACUAAUAUGCUAAUUCCACUUGCUAAGAAAUGUAGACUAGAUCAUUGGCAUAGAGAUAGGAAUCUUCUAAUAGCAAAGGGUGUGGGCCUCAUGUUUAGGUGGAAAGAUAGGAAUGAGUGGCAAGAACUACCUGAUCAGCUGUAUCGUUUUGAAAUUUUACACUGUUAUUUUUUGUUGGUGCACCAACAAUAUGGGUCAUUUGAGAAUAUACGACCUUCUCUUUACAAUUUAUUGCUUGGAGAAUCUGAAGCUGAAAGUUUCGGUGAAGCGGAAAGUUACGGUGAAGAUGUGCUCUAUAUGUUGAUUGCUGAAGGCAUUCUAACAAAUACAAGGCUUACAAGGAAUAUUCAAUACAUCGGAUCGGAGUUCAAUUUAGAUCCAUGCUUUUUUAGAAUGAAGGUUAGUGAAGAUUCAAGUAUCCCACCGCAAUGUCGCCAUCUGUAUUUACCUAUCCAUUCUAAAAAUGUUUCAAAAUCUAAAAAGGCCAUUGAAAAGGCUGGGGUAGCCAACAAGCUGAGAACUUUGGUUUUGCAUAGAGAAGAGGAAAAAGGACAUACUUAUCAUAUAGAAACAAAGAAAUUCGAAGGAAUGUUUUUGAAUCUCACUUGUUUAUGUACGUUACAUAUGAGAGCUAUUAUGAUUCAAGACCUCCCUAUUACAAUUUGCACAUUGCAUUGCUUGAGAUACCUCAACCUUGCGGAGAAUAAGAUAGAAACAUUACCUGAAUCCCUCUGCAACCUUAGUAAUUUGUGUGUUCUAAUUUUAUCACUUUGCAAAAAGCUUAAGGAGCUUCCAAGACAAAUCUACAAGCUUAGAAAAUUACAGAUUUUGAAACUGUCAUACUGCCAAAGGAUUCAGAAGUUGCCAGAAUCAAUCACUCGCCUCAUGAAUUUGAAAGAAUUAGAUGUUGGAGGUUGUUGUUGGCUUUCAAAGUUGCCUGAUGAUUUGAGCGAUAUGAAGAACUUGGUGCAACUUAACAUGUUGGGAUGUGCAUCAUUGACUAGAAUGCCGGGUGGAAUUAGGCAAUUGACAAACUUGGAAGUGCUAUGCGGAUAUGAUGCUAUAGAUGGUCUUGGAAAUGCCAUGUUGUCAGAGUUGCGAGAUCUUACAAAUCUUGAAUCCCUGCAUAUACAACACCUUGAAAGAUUAGUAUCAGCGGAAGCAAAAGAGCCCAACGAUAUUACUGCACCACCUACUAUUUUACAAGAGAAUCAACAUGUAAAUGAGUUGAUGCUGCAUUGGGAAUGGUGGAAUGAUAUGGUUGCUGAAGAAACUUUCGAACCCACACUGCAGCUGACCCAAGGCUUCCACCGUAACAUCGAAGAGUUGAAGAUCUUGCGGAUCGUUUCGUACAUGAGCAUCAAACUACCAGGUUGGUUGAUCAGGGAGGAAUCAACUUCUGUUCUGAAUAAAUUAACUACAGUUCAUCUUGUUAAUCUCAGGAGAUGUGAGAGACUACCAUCACUUGGAAACCUACCUAACCUUAAGGAGCUUGCCAUAAGUGGUUUUGAUUCGAUCAGAUUAAUAGACGAUGACUUCUACGGGGAGGGUAGCUCAGCUCUAUUUCCUGGGUUGAGGAGACUCACUUUCUCUCAAAUGCCUAGGCUAGAGAAGUGGGACCCACCUUCAUAUUUUAAAGAGAAAUCAUACCAAUUCCGUGACAGGACUUUUCAUUUCCUCGAGGAAUUGACCCUAAUUCAGUGCCCAAAGUUCAGGGAAUUCCAUAUGCCUAUUUGCGUUUCUCACACUUCUCGAUCUUCGUUGAAAGUAUGGUUGAGCAAUGAGAUGCUAAUGCCUACUUCUAAAUUCAAUGAUUGGGGGAAUCUUUGUGGAAUCCAAUCGUUGCAGAUAUUUGGGUGCCAAGAAUUGAGGAGUCUACCAGAUGGUUUGAAGACGUUGUUAUAUCUAGAUACAUUGGUAAUAAUAAAUUGCAACAAAUUGGAGGCUUUGCCAAUUUGGCUCGAACAGUCGCGUUUGGAGUCCCUGUGCGUAUAUGGUUGUCCGGCGCUAUCAAUCAUUCCAGAGGGAUUGAAAGUCACAGGGCGACUGAGAAAUCUGAUUGUUGAAGCUUGUGCUUGUCCCAAAUUGCACAGUCAGGUUGGCUCAGCACAACAAACUUUGUUAUUGUCCAUUCUGUAUCUUCUAACUUUGCUGUUCCAGUUCCGCGGCCAUAAAGUAAAGAUGAGAGAGCAUCAUCAAAGUUCUACACCUACCUUCGAAGAAUUGUAUGAUUUCUUGAGUUAUUAUUCCGUUGCAAGUAAAUAA